UGGCGCGCCGGCAUGGCCGAAGACCACACGAGAGCACGGUAUCAGCUUCUUUCACCGUCCACCUCUGCUCUCUGGCGGGCUGCCCCACCAUGGAGAAGAUGCUCCACUCUGCCCCGAUCCAAGCGACCCUCCCGGACUGCUUCAUCUUCCCGGCCGACAAGCGCCCGCCAGCGACCGCCGCCGCCGCCUCCCUGCCCAUCAUCGACCUGUCCCGCAGCCGCGACGAGGUCCGCCGCGCUAUCCUCGACGCCGGCAAGGAGAUCGGCUUCUUCCAGGUGGUCAACCAUGGCGUCUCUAAGCAGGCGAUGCAGGACAUGGAGGACGUGUGCCGGGAGUUCUUCCGGCUGCCGGCGGCGGAAAAGGCGGGGCUCUACUCGGAGGACACGCACAAGGCGACCCGGAUCUACUCCAGCACCAUGUUCGAGACCGGCGGCGAGAGGUACUGGCGAGACUGCCUCCGUCUCGCUUGCUCCUUCCCCGCCGGCGACAGCGCCAUGGACUGGCCCGAAAAGCCCCGGAGGCUCCGGGAGGUUGUCGAGAGGUUCACCGUGCAGACGAGAGGCAUGGGGAUGGAGAUACUGCGGCUGCUGUGCGAGGGUCUGGGACUCCGGCACGACUACCUGGAGGGGGACAUCAGCGGCGGCGACGUGGUCCUCCACGUCAACCACUACCCGCCGUGCCCGGACCCGAGCACGACGCUCGGCCUGCCGCCCCACUGCGACAGGAACCUCCUCACCUUGCUCCUCCCGAGCAUGGUCCCCGGCCUCGAGGUCGCCUACAAGGGCGACUGGAUCAAGGUGCAGCCUGCGCCCGACGCCUUCGUCGUCAACUUCGGCUGCCAACUUGAGGUCGUGACCAAUGGGCUAUUGAAGAGCAUAGAGCACCGCGUGGUGACCAACUUAGGGGUGGCGAGGACGACGGUGGCGACGUUCAUCAUGCCGACGACGGACUGCCUCAUCGGCCCGGCGGGAGAGUUCCUCAGCGAGGAGAACCCGCCGUGCUACCGCACCCUCACGUUCGGCGAGUUCAAGCGCAUCUACAGCGUCGUCAAGCUUGGGUCCUCGCUCAACCUCACCACAAACCUCAAGAAUGUUCAGAAGGAGAUCUGAUGCAAGAGCCCGGAAGUGCUGCAAAGUGUCCCUGCUGAGGACAUGUCGCUGAUGUCUCAUGUCGGGAUGUAAUGUGCACCUGUAAACAGUAGAAACUACAAACAAGUGAGGAUACUGGAGAGAGAGAGAGAGAGAUAUGUGUAUCACCUGUUCUUGCCAAAAAAGAAAGAAAAAAUAAAAUAAAAUCACCUUGAUAAAAGAAACACGGCAUUUAACAAAGAUGCUUGACCAUACAACAAAGUUGGCAUCAAAUGCAGAAUGGUCGGUACCAAAUUCUUAGCUAAGAAGAGU